CCGAGGGCAGGGAGUCGUCUUCCUCCUGAACCUCCUCUCUGCUCCUCGUCUAAUUUUAACCCGUCAGUUCAAAGAGCAGCAGCAGCAGCAGUAACAGCAGCAGCAGUAACAGCAGCAGCAGCAGUAACAGCAGCAGCAGCAGGAGAGAAGUCGCAGCCUCGCAGACAUGAGCCACCGAUCUCGAGGCUCCAGGGGGCGCCAGCACCUCCACUGUGACUCCUGCUACAGCCGACGCUGCAGGACUCGGGUGGAGGCCUCCGUCAGCUGCGCCCUGGUCCCCUGCGGCCUCCUGUGCGGAGCGGUGUUCCACCUGUGUAAGGAGGAGGAGCACCUGCUGCUCUGCCCCAACGUCAGGGUACCGUGUCUCAACGCCGACCACGGCUGCCCCCUGCAGAUGCCCCGCUCCUGCCGGGCCGCCCACCUCCAGGAGUGUCCGGCCAGCGUGGUCUGCUGCUCCAUGGACUGGCUGCGCUGGCCCGUCGACGAGACGAACCCUCACGGUAACGUGGCGCUGCAGGAGAACGUACAGAAGGAGCACGAGGGGCAGCAGGAGGCUCUGGACCUGGCCAUGGCCAGAGUGGACCAGUGUGAACUCUACCAACGUCUGGAGAUGGAGCCGCUGUAUCCAGAACUGAUGGAGGAGCAGGAGGAGGAGGAGCAGAGAGAGGAGGAGCAGAGGGAGGAGGAGCAGAGGGAGGAGGUGGCAUGUGGAGGCGUGGCCAACGAUGUCACUGAUGCUAAUGAAGGAAGUAGCUCCUGCAGGAGUUACGUUGAAGAAACGGUUCAGCCCAGACACCAGGUGGUCAUCGACAAGGACAAGUUCAACCUGUUUGAGAUGAUGUUCAGCAUGGACAGAAGAGCCUGUGAGGUCGCCCAGGAGAACCUGGAGCGCUCCAAGUCCGAGGAGACGGUGAGGACGGAGAGACGGGACGACGCACAGGACGCUGGGAGGUCAGAGGUCAGGGAGAAAGGUGUCGACCACCAGGAGACGGACGACAAGACCCUGCGUCCUCCAGAACCACAGCCAGACACCAGUAAGACAGGACAGGCCCCCUGGCAGGAGGGGGUGAUGGAGCGCCUGAAGGAGGAGCUCACGCCGCAGGAGUACAACAUGUAUGUGGUGCAUCAUGGUCGCAUGUUGAUGGCGUUUGGACAAAUCCAAGCCUGCACGCCCAGAGAGAAGGACUUCGUCUACGGCAGCCUGGAGCCGAUCCCUGUCCAGACUCUACGCUCCUUCAAGGUCCCCGACAGCUAUCACUACAGACGGCGGGUUCACCUGUACGACACGGCGGCCAGGGCUCCGAGGGAGCCCCGCGGCGUGGACACGUCCGACCUGGGGUCCAGUGAAGACCUCUGGUUCAGUGAGGAGGACACGUCCACCCUGCUGGGCUACGCUGAGAGGGAGGUCAUGGGUCACAAGAUCAGCGAAUCAAAGGCAGCCGACGGCCUCUACGUGGACGUGGGGACUCAGACGCACCGCUUCCACUCGGCUCCCCUCAGCAGGAGGACGACCCUGGCCCAGGUCAUGGAGGUCAAACCCCAGAGGCUCCUCCUGCAGCUGCAGACGGAGAGCGUGACGGGCAGACACAGCCGGGCCACGUGCGUCUUCAGCUUCCUCUGCGGCCACACCUUCCACCGCAGGGAGUUCGCCACGCACUUCAGGAACGUCCACGGUGAGAUCCAGACGUGUUUGAGCGGCUGGUUCGAGCAGAGGUGCCCGCUGUCCUACCUGGGCUGCACCUACAGCCGCAGGAGGUUCCAGCCCGCCUCCCACCGGGCCAGCGUUUACUACGAUCAGGAGCUGAGGAGUUUCAACCUGCGGCCCACCCUUGGAGCUCCAUCAGGUGAUGACUUCAGGAGGAACCUGUUCGACUCCUCCACUAAUCAGAGGGAGCAGGGAGCCGGGGUCGAAGGAGCAGGAGGAGGCGCGGACUCCCUGAGCUCCCUGCCCUACGAGGUCUUGUGUCACGUGGCCAGUUUCCUGGACAGUCUGUCUCUGUCUCAGCUGGCUCUGGUGUCCAGGCUCCUCAGGCAGGUCUGCUCCUCCCUGCUGCAGGACAGAGGGAUGGUCACCCUGCACUGGGAGAAGGACACCUCCUCACACGGAGGAGCCAAGCGCUGGAGGUCCAGACCCGUGUGGCGGUUCAGUCACCUCUUCUCCUCGGUGGACUCCUGGAGGACGUCUGAUGUUCCUCCAAUGUCUGCUCACCUCAAAGUCUGUCCGUUCUACCAGACCUCAGAGGAGCAGCAGCAGAGCCGGCGUGUUCCUCUGCCCGGCAUGAGUGAGAAGCUGAGGAGCAGCCAGAAGGGGGCGACGCUGGUCGACCUCUUGACCAGGAACAGACAGCAUCAGUGACUCCACCUGCUGGUGGGGCUGGUGGGCUGGGGGGA